AUGAAGGCACUGAUGAGUAGUGUGAUCAACCCUUGGCAACCACCCCACCCAAAACUUCGAAUUCCAGUUGUUUGCUGCUCCACCAUUAAUGGGUCCUCAUCCUCUUCCUCAGAAGUGAACUUACAAAGCUCCCAGCCUCAGGAGUGCAAGUCAUCCAAUGAUGAGGAACCGAAACAGUCCGAAAUUUGGCGACUCUUCAGAGAAGCUCAGAAGAAUAUUCUACACUUGAACCAACAUCGUCUUAAGGCGGUAGAAGAUCUUAACAAAAUCAACAUAGAGAAACAACUGUUGGUUGAUAGGAUAGAGCAAUUGGAGCUGGAAAAGAAGACUGCUGUUGCAAAACCUCAUGAUAGGCUAUCAAUGUUUUGGGAGCUACUCCUUCGGAUAGACUCAAUGGUCCUCAUGGGAAUGGUUACCACUGGGGAGGCAUCUAAUUUGAGAAGGCUGGUCAUGGAUCACAAAGUUAGUGUAGCUGAAGUAUUUAACGACACCCUGCAGAAGAGUGAUGCUGAGAUUUUAGCAGAACUCCGGCACUUCUCUGAGAGAAACCAAAGGAAUGGAUUUCAUAUUGUCCAUGUAUGCACGGAAAUGGCACCACUGGUCUCCGUUGGAUCUUUGGCUUCAUAUGUGACAGGUUUGUCUUGUGCACUACAAAGGAAGGGGCAUUUGGUGGAGGUGAUACUUCCAAAGUAUUCAAACUUGGAUUUAAAUGAAGUUCAAGGGCUACAGGAAAUUGAGGCAGAGUGUUAUUCAUAUUUUAAUGGUCAGUUGCAUGGCAACAGAAUUUGGACUGGUGUUGUCUAUGGUAUUGGAGUUACUUUAAUUCAACCACUAUACUACUCAUCCUUUUUCAACCGUGAGAGGGUAUAUGGCUAUUCAGAUGACUUUGAAAGGUUUACCUAUUUCUCCCGUGCUUCAUUGGAUUAUAUUGUAAAAUCUGGAAAGCAACCUGAUGUGAUACAUAUCCACAACUGGGAGACUGCUAUUAUUGGGCCACUUUUCUGGGAUAUUAUUGUUAAACAGGGACUUGAAGGUACAAGAGUUCUAUUGACAUGCCACGACCUCAAUUCACAGUGUCUUGAGCAUCCGGAGAAACUAGCGUUAUGUGGACUUGAUCCUGCUAGACUUCACCGUUCUGAUCGUUUGCAAGAUACUACCAAGGCACAUCUGGUUAAUGUUUUGAAGGGUGGAGUUGUUUACUCCAAUAAAGUUGUCAUUAUGUCAUCCAUACGUUCAAAAGGCAGGGUUAUUCAUAGUCUGAGUUAUGGGUUGGAUCAUACCUUAAACAUUCACAAAAACAAAGUGGUUAUUGCUCCUUGUGGAUUUGACAACUCCACUUGGGAUCCGUCUACAGACAAAUUUCUUCCCCAACAGUAUAGUGUGAAGGAUAUGAAAGGGAAAGCAGUCUGCAAAGCUGCAUUGCAGCAGCACCUUGGGUUUUCUGAGCAUGCUUCUACUAUUCUUGUCGGAUGCAUCUUCUCUGAAGUAUCAGAUGUUGAUCUGGAGAACCUGAGGGCAGUAUUUCGGAAAGCUAGGAGGAUUGAUGUGCAGUUCAUCAUUAAGGGGAUUAGCAAAAUAUCAAGUGUAAACAAGCUGGGAUUGGUGCAUGAACCACUGAAGGAUAAAAAUGUACGAUUCAUAGAUGGACAUGAUGAAAAGCAAUCACAUUUGAUAUUCGCUGGAUCUGAUAUUAUCUUAUGCCAAUCUUUUCAUGAUCCUGUCCUCCAAGUUCCACUAAAGGCUUUAAAGUACGGGGCCGCUCCAAUUGCAGUAAACUCCAAUGAUGACGGGUUCAGGAACUUUGUGGAACAUGAUUAUGAGACCACUAACUUCUCACGUUUCAUUAGCUCUACUUUUGGAAAUAUGUCUAUAACCCAAGCCCUGGAUGAAAUUAGAAACAACCCGUCGAAGUGGAAGAGAAAGAUAAUGGAUGCCAUGGAAAUGGACUUCUCAUGGGAUGCUGAGUGCUGUGACAUCCAUGCUUCUGCUUAUACAGCCAUAAAGAAUUUGUGA